AUGGAAGAUGAUGUUGAUGAAGGAAUGCAUAAAGAAUCUGGGGAUGAUGGUAACGCAAGUGACGAAAUUUUGGCAUUGAAUGAUGAUGUAUCAGGAGGUGAUCGCAUGGAGGAGCCUCACUAUUAUGAGCCACCAUGUGCUGAUGAAGAAAGUCAGUUAGUUGCUGAAUGGGAAGAUGGUGUGGGUCUUGUAGUUGGUCAAGAGUUUAGUUCUAAAGCGACAGUAAAUCUUGGAACGGUAACAAGUGUAGAAUUGACUGCAGAGAAGAAGUUCAAAUACUUAUUCAUUGCUUUAGGUGCUUAUGUUGAAGGUUUUAGAGCAAUGAGGAAAGUGUUAGUAGUGGACGCAAAUUUUCUCUCGGGUUCCUAUGGUGGUAUGCUAGUGUUUGCGACAGCUCAAGACCCUAAUCGGCACAAUUGCCCGGUUGCGUUUGAUUAUCCUGAGUUAGUCUUUAUGAGUGAUAGACAUCCAAGCAUCAUUAAGGCAGUCUCUGAGGAUUGCGCGCAUAUCUAUACUCAAUCUGAGUUCAUUAGAGAGUAUGGUGAUUUUAGAGUUAGGUUUCCUAAAGCCGCUGAGUAUCUUGAUAAUAAUGUGACGCUGGAAAAAUGGACUAGGUGCUGCUUCUCGUGGGAUAAGUACAGCAUAGAGACCAGAAACUCGGCAGAGUCUAUGAAUAGUUGUUUAGUGACUGCGAGGAAAUACAGGAAGGAUUCUGCUGGUCCUUUUUACAAUAAGAGAGUGGUGCCUGUUGUGGAGAAUGAAAUACACAGUCGAUGUGCAAUCGCGUCUCUUUUAGUGGUGACGGAACUAAACAGCUACGAGCUUGAAUACAGCGUUAAUGGACUGGUCGGGAAAACUUAUGUGGUGAACUUGAUAGCGAAAAGCUGUUGCUGCAGGCGGUUUGAUAUAGAUAAGUUCCCGUGUGAACAUGCAAUAGCCGCAGCGAAGAAACUGAUGAGCACGGAAGAUAGAUCAGUGAGUAUCGGAGUAUAUGACUUGUGCUCAAAAUAUUACUUGAUUGAGACGUGGGCAUUGGCAUACUAUCAAACAAUUUAUCCUGUUCCUCAUCAUACUGACUGGAGUGUUCCUGACAACAUCAAAGAGUUGGUCGUCUUACCACCAGAUGUCAAGAAAAAAGUGGGUAGAAAUAAAAUAAAAAAGCGGAAACCAGGGCCCGGAGAACGUCGCCGGAGGACAAAGAACAAGGCCGACCCUCACUUGGACUUGGAGGCUUGUUUCUGGUCUUCUCAACAUCCCCAGGCAGAAGGUCCUUCAACUUAA